UUUCUGUCACUAACACAUGUACCAGCAGGAGAGCACUGCAGAACACACGUUCGUGGGGGGAAACGACAGGACAUUUUACUCGCAUUUUGAGAGGCAGAAAAAUAGCCAGUUCUCUUCUACAUGGGAAAUGAUGCCCUGCGUAUUGCUGAACAAAAUUUUCAAGGACAUCCCCAGGACUCUUUUGAAACAAUAACAAUAAAAGGAUCGCGGAAACCAGUGGAAAUACAGUCUAAAAACCCAGUUCGCCCGAAUUAAAUAGCAACUGGCUAUAGUGCGAACGAUCUUUCGAAGGACUUUAUCUGAACGGACUGGUACCUCAUUUCCCCAAUUUCCGAUUUGAAUGCAAGUCGUGUCAUUUUUUUAAACUCUCAUUUUUACUCUCGUCCAAUCAAACCCGCUUAGCUAACACUGAGCUAAGAGUAGUGCGCAACGAUUCAGUCUGCAUUUUAAAGAGGCAGAGAGGUUCAACAGACACUCUCCGGAAGAGAGGGACCAGAUCCAGGCGCUUGUGGGGCCGGCGGACUUGCCCGUGACCCCUGACCCUUCUCUAACCCAUGUCCGCUCUGAUUGGUGAAGGUACUGACACUAUGGUGAACCCCGGCGGCAGCGCCCAGCCCCCCCCGGGUGGAGCUGGGACCCUCCCCUGGAAAAGGUGUGCGGGGUGCGGGGGCAAGAUCGCCGACCGCUUCCUCCUCUACGCUAUGGACAGCUACUGGCACAGCCGCUGCCUCAAGUGCUCGUGUUGCCAGGCGCAACUGGGGGAGAUCGGCACUUCCUGCUACACCAAGAGUGGCAUGAUCCUCUGCAGAAAUGACUACAUCAGGUUAUUUGGCAACAGUGGAGCGUGCAGUGCGUGUGGGCAGUCCAUCCCAGCCAGUGAACUGGUCAUGCGGGCACAGGGCAAUGUGUACCAUCUCAAGUGUUUCACGUGUUCCACCUGCCGGAACCGCCUGGUCCCCGGUGACCGGUUCCACUACAUCAACGGCAGCCUGUUCUGCGAACACGACAGACCCACGGCCCUCAUCAACGGCCAUUUGAAUUCUCUCCAGACGAACCCGCUAAUGCCAGACCAGAAGGUGUGUUAGAGGGACAGGAUGCGUGCCUUCGCUUCUGCCCUCUCCCAUCGUCCCCCCCGCAAGUCUCUGCACUCCUGCCAAAAUCCCACCCCCCAACCAACCCCCCCCCCCCCCCCAAUACCCUUUUGCUGGAGCUCCUGUACGGACGGACGCCCCGCGCCGGCGUGAUGGAGGCGGGAGAUUGAGGACUCCGUGAACCUGGACUAAUGGACGACCGUUCAGCAAACAGGAGAGGGAAAAAAAGAAGAAGUGGAGAGAAAGAAAGAAAGAGGGAGCCUAACCUGGGAAAGAGAGAAUGAAAAAUGACAAAUGACGCUAAUUAAGUGCAGCUUUUCAAUCUGCAUCAUACCGCCAUUAACUCUUAAUGGGGGGCGCUGACCUGCAGAUUUCCCCCCCCCCCUUCUCAAGCUCCCAGCCCCUCCCCCACACACACACGCACAUCUUUUCUUUACAUCCUGAUAUUUCCUUUUUCUAUAUUUUUAGUGCUGUAAAGGGAAUUUGUUUGAUUUCAGAACCUGGGGAAUUUGUGGAAAUUGAAUCAUAAAUACUUUGUGUACCUGUAAAAAUACCAUGUAUGUAUGCAUGUAAAGUGGUUUUUGUCCCAAUGUGGCUACACUCCUGUCCAGGCACCCUGCACCCCUGACUUCCUUCCAGUGAUCCAAGCCUGUCCCACCCCCACCCCCCACCCCCAAUCCACCCCGACACACACAAACACCCCCAAAAACUCCCAGCCUGAUCCUGGGCUAAUAAACAAAAUGAAAAGAUCUGUCGCUUUCGGCCGAUAAUGUAGAGAUUUUCACCAACCUAUAAAUGCUGAAUGAAAAAUAAAUCUAUUUGUGAUAUUUUCAGAGACAUUUGCUCAAUUAUUGUGUAUUUAAUUAAUAAAAUUUCAAAAGAGAAAAUCAA